AGGCGGAGCCGGCCCGCCCGUAUUUAUGCUGAGCCCCGCCAGGAGCGGCGCCGUAAGUGUGGGGCGGAAGCGCCCGGCACCGCGUUCCUCCCGCCCGGGCGCAGGCGACGAGGAUGAGCCAAAGAGACACCCUGGUGCAUCUCUUUGCCGGCGGAUGUGGAGGUACUGUUGGUGCAAUUCUGACAUGUCCACUGGAAGUUGUAAAAACACGCCUGCAGUCCUCCUCUGUGACUCUGUACAUCUCUGAAGUUCAUCUCAACACUCUGAAUGGUGCUACUGUCAACCGAGUAGCCAGAGUUUCUCCUGGACCUCUCCACUGUCUGAAGAUGAUCUUGCAAAAUGAAGGUCCUCGUUCUCUGUUCAGAGGGCUGGGUCCUAAUUUAGUUGGCGUUGCUCCUUCCAGAGCAAUAUAUUUUGCUGCUUACUCAAAUUGCAAGGAAAAGUUGAACAAUAUUUUCAAUCCAGAUUCUACCCAGGUACACAUGAUGUCAGCUGGUGUGGCAGGCUUUACUGCGAUCACAACAACUAAUCCCAUUUGGUUGGUGAAGACACGAUUACAGCUUGAUGCAAGGAAUCGUGGAGAAAAGCGAAUGAGCGCAUUUGAGUGUGCCCGCAAAGUUUAUCGCUUGGAUGGCUUUAGAGGCUUUUACCGGGGAAUGUCUGCGUCCUACGCUGGCAUAUCUGAGACUGUUAUUCACUUUGUCAUUUAUGAGAGUAUUAAGAAAAGAUUACUGGAAUAUAAGACUGCUGGUGCCAUGGACAAUGAGGAAGAUUCGGUAAAAGAAGCAUCGGACUUUGUUCGAAUGAUGAUGGCUGCUGCCACUUCCAAAACGUGUGCAACAUCAAUAGCAUAUCCCCAUGAGGUUGUACGAACAAGACUAAGAGAAGAGGGAACAAAAUACAGAUCUUUCUUCCAGACACUGUCUUUGCUGGUGCGAGAGGAAGGGUACGGCGCCCUGUACCGAGGGCUGACUACACACCUGAUCAGACAGAUCCCAAACACGGCUAUCAUGAUGUCCACCUAUGAAGUUGUAGUCUACUUACUUGAUGGAUAGCAGUGUGCCAAGGUGGAAGAAGGUGGAAGACUGAAGGACUGGAGUGGACCACUGAAUGUCAAUGCCAAUGUGGUGGGCUAAAGGAGCGUUGUAUUGGGAGCAAGCAACUGUGGAUGAAACAGAAGGUUGAUUGUGGGCAACUCUGAAUAAUUUUGCUGCCUUUAUUGUGUGGUCUCAUGUCAAUGUGACAAAUGGGAACUGGCCCUUAGGGAAUGCCUUCAUACAUCUCUUAAUUCAGAAUUAUUCUUUUCUUCUCAUCUGUUAAACUAGACAAAGCCAUUGAGUCAUCUUCAGAGACCUGAUGGGUGAGGGAGGGGACAUGAAAUAUGUUGCUGGGCAGUCCUAUUACCUUCUCUUAGUGAUUGCUCUCAGCUACAUCAUUUUUGUUCUGUUUUACUGAAUGGUAACCUGUUGGAGGAAUGGGCAAGAGAGUACUUUCAUAGCUUUCUAUACCUGAAACUUCCAUUUAGUUGCUCUGAAGAUUCAUAGAGAGACUGAGGUAGUGUGGUAAGUGUGUGAAGUUUUUCAUGUUGCUACCUCAAGACAAAAUAAGGUGCAGGGACCCAGAACAGUUAUUUCUUCACUACAAAAGGUGAUACCUGUUGUAGCUUUUUGGUUUGGAUUUUUUUGUUUUGUUUUUUCUUUGGUGUUUGAGCAGUGUUGUGGGUUAAUGAGAGAGAGUCUGAUUGUUCAACUCUUCAGGUUAUUGGUCUGUUCAUGUUGGUGUAUGUGGACUUCUGGUCCUGCUGCAUCAUACUUUUCCUUUUCUGGAACUUCUCUUAAGUCAGAGAGGCCUAUGAAACAUUGUCCUGUAUCAUCAGUUUUCCUUGCCAAUAUGUUCAGGUCACUCACACAGCUAAGGAAGUUGCUGAAUGCCACUUUAUAGCCUUUUUAAGCAUUUGUAAUGUGAUGAGAAAUCUCAACUAGUCCAGCUUCCCAUUUGUGAAGACAGGAUUCACUUAGUUUCAUGCUGCCUGAGCACGAGCUGUAUUACCUGUAAGUAUCUGGCAAAUCCUGCCUUGGGUUACCAGUGUUUAUAUGGGAGUACUGGGGGAGAACACAUAUCACUGUGGCUAGGGUGACCAGAAGGCAGAAACCAGUUGAAGUUGUGAUAGAUCCUGUCAGUGCAGACAGGCUCUGUGCAGAAGGAUAGAGAAAUUGUAAAUAAUACUUUCUUGAAAGCAUUCCCCCUCAUAAAUGCUGUAUCACUUCUCUCAGCUUGAGCCUGUGUACUGGGCUAUAACCUUGGCCUCCACAUUGUCUGAUUAGUCAGGCAUUGGUUUUGUUCUGUAAGCCAAUUGCACAUUAAUGCCCUGCAUUCAGCAGUGAGGCUUAGCUGGUUUAUGCUGUCAUAAUUUACACAAUUUUCCAAAAUCAUACAACUGGAGUGUCAAGCAGUUUAAUGUUACAGGAAGUUUUACAGCUUUACAGACAGAUAUCUUCUCAGUCUGCAUCCACUGUCCUUAUGAGGAAGAUAAUUUAUAAGUUGGGGUCAAUAGCUUUCUCCAUAUAAAUGCUGCUACACUGGCAUGGACAGAACUGUGCUCUCAGCUCUUCCAGUGUGGUACUUCAGUACACUUGAACUGUGCAUCAUGUGCAAUGGCUUUAUUUUAUGAAUGACUUCUUAUGCACUUUGUGGCCUUCUUAGGGCUUAUGACUUUCUUCCUCUUACUGAUUAUCUGGAAUCAAACCAUGUCUGCAAUAUGCAGUUUGGUUUUAAACAAAGCAUGUGGUUUGAUUUCUGUGUAAGCUGUGCAGGAGUUUAUGCUGUAAAUCCAUAGCAUCUCUGUGGCACUGGUUCUGUAGGCUCUCUGUAAAACCUCAAAGCUUGCAGAACAAUCAGUCUGGGUUUUUCUCGUUUGCUUUCCUUUAUUUUGACCCUUGUCAUGUUUUCCAUACAGUGUCAAAGUAUUUGAGUAUUUAAUGUAAUUCUCUGUAUUAAUUGCUCAUCCUCUAAAAGCCACCCAUAGUAAGUACAUUGACCUUGCAGUGCUGUAUUGACUUCCCUGCUUGGAAGAUGUUCCCUUUUUAAAGACAGCAUGGUCCAAGGGUGACCAUGGUGAGCUUGAUUGUUUCAUAGAAGUGGAAAGAGUGCUUAAAUGUAUUUUAAAGUGGGCUUUUUCUAGUGGUCUCCCUAGGAAAAGACUGGAGUAUUCAUGACUGACCUAAGCCUUGAUGUGAUGCUUUUGUUCAGAUAAAUAAAUGCAGUA